UUGGGUUUGUGGGCGGGGCCAAGGAAACUCGCCCAGAGUGUCACUAGAGAAGUCGGCGCCCCAAGGAGAAAGGAAGAAGAGGGACUCUGUGGGAUUGAGGCGACCUUCGAGUCUGACUCCAGUCAUAAAGCUCUCCACGUCACGUGACCAACCUCACCCUCGAUCCACAACACCCUCAAUUUUAGCCGUGGCAAAUAGAGUGGAAGGACGUGGCCUGCUCGUCCCCUCCAAAGGCCCCCAGCUUGGAUUGGGCCCUUCAGCGAACCCUAGUAUUCCAGGGUGCAACAUUCAAGGUCAAGGUCGGGCAGCGGCUGUCUAGGGUGCAUCGGGACUCCGGACUCCUCGGUUUCCUAACCGAAAAGGGGGAGCCCUGCAAACUGGGGGGUCUUAAUCUCGGGGAAGGGGUUCUUUCCGGUCAGCGAUCACCCCUUCCGUGUGGGGUGGGCGGACCCUCCCCGGGGUUCUGCUGGGGCUGAGCGCCCUGGGGAAAUGGGUCCCCAAGUUGCCCUCCUGGUGGUGGCGCUAGCCGGCUGCCUGCUUCCUGCCCGGAGCUGUGUCACGUGUGAUCGAAGGGUCGUGGCCGCGCUGGACGCCUUGGAAAAGGAAUACCUGCCUACCCACCUGGCGCCCGAGCGUCACAGAGAAGUGAUGGAAAAGAUAAGACAAACCGUGAGGGAUUUCCGGGACUUGCCGGAUUUAGAGGAUACCUUUCUGGGGGUUAUCGAUGAGGCCACAAUGGAAACGUCAGUCUUGAGUUUUCUGCGGAGUGUGAGACUUAUCAGAAACAGUGAUGUAGCAGAUGACACUUUCGUGAAGGAGUUCUCCUGGAUGUUGACUCUGGAAAAGGCAGCCUUUCGUGGCUACGUCACUCGAUUCCAAAGAGAGGAUUUCUGUCCCAACAAAUGUGGUACAAUGUUGCAGCUUCUGAUCUGGUGCAGUAACUGUAAAAAGCAGCUUCACGUUUGUCGAAAAUACAGAGAUUGUGGGGUGCGCCAAAUCAACGUCCAUGAAACGGAAGACCUGAUCCUGGACUGUGAGCUCGACUGGCAUAAAUUAUCUCAAGGCCUGACCUAUUACAGCUUUUACAGGGUUUGGGGGAGCAAUUCUGAGACCUUGGUGUCCGAGGGGAAACGGCCCACCCUGAUCAAGCGACUGGUGAGGCCAGAGGAUGCGGGUAACUACCGCUGCGAGUUGGGCACUGAGCGAUCCGGCCCAGCCACGGUCAUCCAUUUUGAAGUCACAGUGUUGCCCAAAAGAGUCAUUGGGGAGAUCCCGAAAUCAAAGCCCGGGACCCAGUAUCAGCGGUUUGGAUCCCUCAAGCCGUCAGAGUGUCUGAAUCCCAAGGACGUGCUGAGAGGCUUUCUGUUCGAGAUGCUGAUCUGGGGCUUUGUGUUUCUGCUCCUCGGCUUUGCCACCUCCGUACUUUGCUUUAGGUCUGGGGCCCUGAUCGAUUCGGUCAAGUCCUGGGUCCGUACCGACAAGGCAGCAGCCCCCGAGGACCAGGGUCCACAAAGUCGGCUGUCACAGACCCAGCUAUCACAGAGCCAGGUGUCACAGACCCAGCUUCCCAAGGUACCGAACGAAGAAAAGGCCACAGCACCAAGGCUUAAAUAAAGAUUUAUCUGGUUGCCUAAA